GGGAACAUGUCAUUCGUGAGCACUCUGCGGCAGUGGGAUGAAGCAGUGGCUUAUGUGGAGAAAGGAGACAUAUCCUCUGCUAUCAGGACAUUCCUGGCCAUCGAGGAGAAGACAUCUAAAAUCACCUACAACAUUGGAUGCCUCCAUCUGCACAACGAUGACUUUGAUGCUGCUGAAAAGGCAUUUGACAGCAGUAUCGGCAAAGAUGAGCACCUGGCUGUGGCUUUUUUUCAAAGGGGAAUUACAUUCUACAAAAAAGAAAAGUUUGAGGAGUCACUGCUGGAUUUCCAGCAAACUUUUAAGGAGCUAAGAGGGAAUCAGCUGAUAGACUACAAACCUCUCGGCCUGAGGUAUAAGCUUAACGCUUGCGAGGUGCUGCACAAUAUUGGACUACUUUAUGCCAAGCUGGGGAAAUGGGAGAAGGCCCAAGAAAACCUGCUCACAGCUCUCAACCUCCGCACAGAAGCCAAAUUCAGUCACAUUGACCAGGCACUGGAAUCCAUUCUGAAGCAGAAGCUCUUUUCUCUGGUGGAGAUUAAACCAGGCCUACUAUUCAAACCCAACAAGAAUUAUGUGGCAGAGCUGGAGAAGAAGGACUACCUAGGAAAGGCCAAGGUUCUGUCUUCUGUUGUUCCAGCUGAUAAUUUCUCUGGAUUUGCCCCUCUGCAGCCUCAAGUUGAAGAUGUACCCAGUACACCUAAAGCUCCUGAGGUACUGAGGGCGCUUGAAGGUGAGCCUCACACUGUUCUCUACGAGUUCAUUCCUGAGACCAAAGAAGAGUUAGCUGUGUUGCCAGGCAACAUUGUUUUUGUCCUUCAGAGAGGAACCGACAACUGGGCAUCUGUUAUCUUCAAUGAAAGGAGAGGACUAGUUCCAUAUAAUUUCCUGGAACCGCUGGAUAUUACAGUGGCGUCAAAAGUCGUGCCGGUUGCACCAUCCAACAGGAAUGAACAAAUACCUGACCCACCAAGAAGACGAGCACCCAGUAAACCAACUGCUAGUAAUGGAGUUUCCUCUGGCUGCAUUGUGAAAGUGCAUUUCGUGUUUACAAUAGCAAUUUGCAUUACACCAGGACAGCCAUACACAGCCAUGCUCCAGAUGAUCAGCACUAAACUCAAACUGCCUGCUUCUGCACUUGCUCUGAGCUAUGUAAAGCCUGAUUCUAAUGAGAGAGUGACUGUUGACGAGUCUGAGAUGGAGGUGUUGUGGAGCUGCGUGAAGAACAAUCGCCUGACGCUGUGGUGUUCAGCGUCUGAGGACACAAGUGAAACUCGAAAGAAAAUGGUGGCUCUGUACUCUUAUGAGGCCUCUACACCAGAAGAUCUGGCGUUCAGUAAAGGUGAUGUCAUCACCGUCCUCUCUAACGUCAAUGAAGAGUGGCUUGAAGGGGAGUGCAAUGGGAAGACUGGUAUCUUUCCAUCAUCUUUUGUUAUAGAUCAGUAGACUGAGUCAUUGCUGAACGACAUAACGAAUCCAAAAUAAUCUCAUAUUUAUGCACCAGUGUUGUAAUCAGAAAUCACUGUGUGUAAAAUCAGCUAAGAGAGCUUAUCUGCAGUACUUACAGCAGGUGUGUUACUUUUACACAUAUUAACAUUCACUAUUUAACUAUAAAUUCACAAGAGUUUACAAAUGAUUGUAUCAUUUAAAAAUUACAUGUAGAAGUGUUUGUUAUUUUGAUCCAAAUAAAUCAACCUAUAAGAACACUUGAAAACCUGAUGAGCUGACAUUUACAGAAUGGUAAUGAGCCCAUAUCCUACAUUUUUCUUGUAUUUUCCAGGUUUUCUUGCACUGUUGUGAGUUACCCUAAUGCCUAAAAAUAUCAUUUAAAAGUCAGUGUUGUCGCCUCAGACUUGGUGGGAGUUUUCCAAACUCCAUGUCAUACAUCUUUACGUAUUAAUGUCACACACACAGACUCAAAAAGAUGCUCAAUGUUUAGGUGUCAAAUGCAAACUCAACAUUUUACUGAUGGAGAUAUGAUGACUGUAGUCGAUCAUUCACUUACAUCCUCAGAAGACACGUCCUUCACCAAGUUUUGACAAUUAUCUUUGAAUACUCUUUCAACAUGCUCACAAUUAUCAGAUUUAUCCGCUCGUAGGGGUCCAAAGCACAAACGAUGUUACAAAAUUUUCCAUACGUUGCCUAUAAUUACACUUUGCAACCAGAGAGGUCUCCAAAGUCAAUUAAAUUGUCAUAUAUAAAUUUCUCGCUAUCCAUGGGUGCACAGUGAUGUAAUCAAAAGAUGAGCAAAAUUCUCUAAACAAUUUUUUUCUUUUAAAUUGUAUGACAUUGUGAAUUGUGCUAAAUAUAAGCAAAGAAAUAAACUAACAAGGAAAAAAGCUCAUUUUGAUUUCAUGCUGAUGUGCAGCAUAACAGUCAGUGCUAUGUUCUCUUUGUUU